CAUCCCACGAGCGAGACUCAGUUUGAAAAAGGCUGCGCCCACGGCUGCCUCGUUGCUGGGGGACGCGUUACGGCUGUCGCGCGUCUUUGCGACCGUUUUUUUUUUUUUUUUUUAAUGUUUAUGAACGCGUCGUCGCUUCGAAACAUGUUGGCGUGACGGCGCACGCGUGCGGACCCGAGGUCAGUACGGAGCGCUGUUGUUUUUUCUUUUAAAUUUCUUUCAACGGCGCGAACGGAUUGUUUUUUUUUUUUUUUGAAUAAUCCCGUUUGUACUCGUGUGGACGAGUUCCCGGUGCUCGUGUGAAGUGCGGAUAUGGAUUUCGCGGGCGGGCGAAGGAAGGGUUGUUGUAGGGUCCGUCAGGCGUGAUUGAUUUUUCCGAGCCGUGCCUAACCGUGGGGGAACCUGUCGCCGCGAGGGUGAAGUGGGUCAUGCCCGCCUGAACGAGGGGGCGCGGGCGAUGGGCGCCAACAUGGGCAAGAACUCCUCGCUGCUCGACGCCUUGCCCUCGGCCCAGGGCACGCUCCACGUGGUGAUGCUGGGGCUGGAUAGCGCCGGCAAGACGACGGCGCUGUACCGCCUCAAGUUCGACCAGUACCUGAACACGGUGCCGACCAUCGGCUUCAACUGCGAGAAGGUGAAAGGCGCGCUGGGGCGGGCUAAAGGGGUGAACUUCCUGGUGUGGGACGUGGGCGGGCAGGAGAAGCUGCGCCCGCUGUGGAAGAGCUACACCCGCUGCACGGACGGCAUCGUGUUCGUGCUGGACAGCGUGGACUCGGAGCGCAUGGAGGAGGCCAAGAUGGAGCUGGCGCGCACGGCGAGGUCCCCGGACAACGCCGGGGUGCCCAUCCUGGUGCUGGCCAACAAGCAGGACCUACCGGGGGCGCGCGAGCCGCGGGAGUUGGAGAAGCUGCUGGGGCUGUCGGAGAUGAGCUCGCACUGCUGGCACGUGCAGCCGGCGUGCGCCAUCACGGGCGACGGGCUGCACGAGGGGCUGGAGCAGCUCUACGAGAUGAUCCUCAGGCGGAGGAAGCUGGCCAAGCAGAGCAAGGCCAAGAAGAGGUAGUUUCCCGCCGCCCCUUACGACAACCCUCACCCGACACGCGCUCUCAGGUAGGAGAGAGAGUUCACAGAGGGGACUCGAAACCUCCACGUGCUGCCCACCACGUGGCAUUCCAAACACGCAUCUAUUAGAGACCCGGAAAAAUUCGCGGAUUCCUUUCCAGACAUACCGGAAUCCAAACUCGUUCAGCCUUAAUUCUGCGUCGGUGAUUUGGACCGCAAUUUUACCUGAAGGACUCUUGAGCCAAUGGCAAACACUCGACAAAAAGAAGUAUCGAAUCGUAAGAAUACGCAGUAAACGCAGGUGUCCCGAGUCGGUAGCCAAUGACAAAGGUGAUAAGUUGCCCGAGUACAUUAGAGAAUCGUGGAGUCUUAUCCUAGUGGUCAUUGAAACCGCGAAUUUUUCCAGUCCCUAUCACAUCUUCCUAGGACUACCCCCACUUCUCGUUCUCUCUCGAAGCCUUCCGCACGUGACUGCGCGGCCUAAAUACAAUAAAAUAAAAAUGUCUGCAAAGACCCCCACCUCUGUGUGAACGUGUGCGCCACCUGCCGGACUUAACGGUGGUUUGUUUGGUCUUUGACACUUGUUUUCAUGUGACUUGACUUCGCAUUUGAAGUAAAACGCAUGCUGCUGCGUGGGUUUUCGGACAGGCAGGAGAUUCGAUCUAUAAACCACUCUUUAACCCCUCUCACCGCCCCACGUUCCCCCUUGUAUUCCCCUUUUCCUCUUCCCAUACUUAAUUUGUUUUUCCCCUUUCCUCCUCCCCCGACACCCGCAAAAACAACUGCAAUGCUGUGUUCGAAUUGGCACGUUUAUUUUACUCGGUGGUCAACUUUGUAUGCAGAAGGAUGAUUUAUACUUCGUGAUUUCAUUUGUACGAGGCGAAAUUUAAAAAAAUAUUGAUAGAAUUACAUAUCACGAAAUCGCCAUGUUGUUCUUCGCAUUCAAAAUAAACACGCAUUUUAGUGGUUUUUUAAUUUUUAAAAAAAUUGGGAUUGGUGAUGAAAAUUCCUGUUAACUGAACGUAAUAAUGCUUUAAAAUUUAUUUAAUUGUAUACAUAAUUGAGGCGUUUUUAGAGAACUGUAAAGCAAAAAAAAAAAAAAUUGAAAUUUCAAAUGCUGUUAUGAUUUCAAUGUAUGAUUACUUAAACAGCAUACAGUAAAAACUUUGUAUUUUUGUCACGAGUUUAAAACAAGUUAAUAAAAUACGAAUGCUUCCGAAGAGGGAUAAUUAAAUGAACAAUUCGAACACGGCAUACAUUUUAGGCGAAUUUUGUGUCCUUUGGUUAAAAUUAUAGAAAAGGUUUCUGUAUUCUGCAGUUGUAACCGCAUGUUAUUACUUUCUGAUAGUCGAGUAUUUGGAAGUCAUUUUAUUUUACUAGUCAUGCAUAAUAUACGGUACAGUCGUAUAUUGCACUUAAUAUCUGUAGUUGGUAACACUUAUAAGACUUUUUCCCUGUUGAACUAGUUAUAUUUUUCAUGGAAAUUGUUCCAAAUACUUUAUGCUUUGCAGGAAAAACCAAAUCACAAUAAUUAUUGGAUUAUGUUAGUAAACGAUAUUAAUUGUGAGAGUAUUCUUCAGUCUGAGUCAGAUUUUUUGUGUGGGAAUACUGUUAAAAGAAUAAUUUAAUUCAUUUUGUUUUCAUCUCCUCUUUAUCCCUGCAUCAGUUGGAAAAAAAUAUUUGGAACGCACUUCCAAGGCAGGAAUCUAACAAUCGACUUCCGAUGUGUGGGUUAGAAAACAGGCCGUGUCUGAAUACGCCUUAAGUGUAUUUAACUAAUCUGUAUUCCUCGCUUACUCACGGAAACGUCGCCAUUUUGAAAGAAAAAACUUUUAUAGAUUAUAUUUGGUACAACAUUUAAGUAAUUUAAAAGACUUGUAAAAUUAUUUUCAGGUAAUUGUUCCUUAUCUCGUAUCCAGUUGUAUUUUAACAUAAAAUAUUAUAAUAAAGACUGAAUUGGAUAUUUUUUUAUGCAAUGCUGUAUAAUAAUAAAAAAAUAUAUAUUAUUUUGCAAUAAAUAUAAACUUUGAGGAACAUUGUGCCCGGGAGCAAUAUUGUUACUUGUAACGUACCCAAUUUAAGAGCUUUUUGACAAAAAAACCAUUGUCCAAAAAUUAAAUUUUUUCGGGAGAAUCAAAAAAUAUUCCUCCUUUGCUCAUUAGUAUUUAAAUAAUUUGAAACUUAUGAUGUAUCACAAAUAACACUUCCUCACUCCCAUUUCAUGUUUUAAUCAAUAUUAAUAUGUUAAUAUAUAUAAACAAACUUGAAACUUUCUUGGUCUUGGUUUUUUUUUUUUUUUUGCAAAAACAAAUUUGUCAGUGUGUACAAAAAUGAUAAUAUUAUUUAUUGUUUGAUUAUUAAUACAAGGUAAGCAGAUAAAACCAACAAGUAAACAAAGUAAUUGUAAAAAAAAGCUGGCAACACGUAUAGAAAAACUUACAUAUAAAUAAAAAUUUACAAAUUCUAAAGUAAUGGUUAUUUUUGCUUAAAAUAUGUGGACAAUGUUGUGUUUACUGAAUGACGAUAUUUCAGAGCUUCAUAUCGUACAGACUCUGGUUGUUUUUCUUUGACAGUUUUCUGCAUGCCCAAACGGGAUGGACCAAAAAACGCAAAAUUUAAUUUUUUGGUUUAUGAUUGUUUUUGUCAAAAGCUCUUCAGUUGUAUUUUAACGUAAAAUAUUAAAUUAAAAUAAGCAGUUAAAUGUAAUUGAGAUAAGAAAUUUUCCUAUAACCGAAAUAGAUUUGAGUUUGAAAACUUUGAUGUAAAUUGGAUACGCAACAAGGAACAGUACUAAAUUAAAAAAAUAUAUAUAUAUGUAAACAACCUUUUCCACUGGCUAAUACUGCUUCAUUGAACACGGAUUCGUCAAGUAUUCCACAAGGGUAGGUGAAGUACGCUAGUUCGCAAGUACACAAGUGCGUACUUGAAUUCGGACACGGCCUUAGUUAGUAUGUUUAUCUCGAUCCAACCGUUCCGAUUUUAGCACUCACUGUAGUGAGACAGUUUCAUUCAUGGCAAGGUUACAUCAGGUCAGUGGCGUAGCGUGCCAUCUCGGCGCCUGGGGCGGGAGACCCAUUUUGCCGCCCCCCAUUCUAAUUCAAUGAGUGCGAAAGAGAGGCAUCGACACGAGCCGACGCGUGAAACAAAAGAUUUUGUAUGAGUAAUUAACAUAAUAAGGAGUGCCGCUCAACUCGGCUCGCGCGCGCCGGGCGGCGCGGCGUGAUGCGAUGUUGCCGUUCGUAUGUAAACAAACAAACGUUAUAAAGAGCUCUGUCAGUGAUUUCGCAGUUUUUCUUUUAAAUAAAUAUUAAAAAAUAGUUGGUGCGCAAAAUUUUAGAUAAAAAUGGAACAUUUUAGUGUGUCUGACACAUGUAAUGAAUGAAUCAUAGAUCAGAUCUCAACCCGCUUCACCGGCGACCCGCCCCCGCGGGCCGCCCCCUCCGCCCCACCCCCGCUACGCCACUGCAUCAGGUUAUGUUAAUUGAAUACCCUUAGAUAAUUUUGUAAAUAAUUAUGACUUACGUUUAUAAUUCUGAUCUGUUAAAUAUUGUGUUAAUGGGUGUUGAAUGUAUUUCGCCUACUUGUCUGAUACACUGUAGAGUUAAAAUAGUUUUUAGGGAACUGUUCGAAAUAUGAAAUGGCAUUGCAAAACGUUGAUUCGACUUGCACAAUUGCAUGUGACUUGAAGGAUAGUUUUCUAGUCCAGCAUCUGUUUUAAGAUCAAUGGUACAAAAUAUUAUGUGUCGCAACAUCUGAGUACAUAUUUCUGUAGAUAAUAUACUUCUAAGUGUGGUUAUUUGUCAACAAAAAAUUCUUUUAUUAUUUACUAGCAUAUUUGAUGAAAUUGUUAUUCAGUCGGCCUGAAUAAUUCCCCAUAAAUUAGUUUUAAAAACAUGUUCUUCUAGAUUUUUUUAAUGUCUUGUUUAAAUUUUUGUUUAAAAGGCAGAACUUAAAAAUAUAAAUAGUUCCCAGUGCAACAUAGUUUUGUUUUAGUCUUAUUGGGACACUAGCUUUAAUGGCGCGGCCAUUAUUGGAACCUCUUUUGUGUAACCGCUAAGGUUUCAUGCCACUAUCCACAAUAUGUUAUUACAAGAAUGAUAAAUGUAGCCUCCCAUAGGACAUUUAUUACCAGAAUGUGACAACUGUAUGAGUAAAAUUAUUUCCACUAUAGACUAAUUCUUGAGACUGGUUGUUAACCAGAAUAUAAAACGACUGAAAAAAAUAUCAAACAGAUGCAAUUUUUGUACGAAAAAUAUGCGCUAAGUUCUGAACUGGUAUUUGCCUACCCGUUGGGUAUGUAGGAGAGUGUUUGCUGUCAGAUGGUUUGUUAAUGACUAAUACUUUAAUAGAAAGUAUGAAUUUCUCAUGGCUUCUACGAAUGCUCAACACAGUGAUUGUAUUUUAUGUAAGCUGGCGAAUGUGUACAUACAGACAAUAAUGAGUUGCUGUUUUACGCUGGCUUUGUAUGUCUUGGUUUCUGUUUCGCAGUACAAGUUAAUGAUUGUGAUAGGUUAGUUUUGUGUUGCGUGAUUGUAUUAUUAAAGACUGACCCGAUAUGAUAGCAUGUAUGAAGCAUGUGUCUUGUGAAUGGCAGUGAUCAGACAAGAUAGGCUCGUUUGUUUGUUGUAGAUAUAGCUAUUUUUUUUUUGUUAUCUCUGUGUACAAACAUGGCGGGAAAAGGUUAAAUGAAAUUCCCCUUGUAAUAUGUUAGACUCGUGUUUUAAGUGAUCACGUAAUGUUUCCCAGUCUUUGGUUGCGGUAGAAUAAUGCUUCUGUCAAGCCAUUGCCGCUUAGAGAAGCUAGUAAAUUUCAGUAAUUAAAUACGUGAUAGUUAUUUUUUCUUCUAAUCUAGACAUGUAUGAAAUUUGAUGCCUCAAACAGGUUCACAAAGACUACCGCCACAUUUCUUUCAUACCAGAACCAUCCGGCUGUUUUCUUAUUUAGGUUGGCUAGUUGCUACAGGUCGGGAAAACUUGGAAGGGCCAGGGAAUUAGAAAGAUAAUGGCUGGUAAUUGGUUUUGCGGUCCGUCAGACGCAGCAGACGCCAUUAAGGCCCUUCCACAUCCUCGCAGUCGCGUCUGUCUGACUGCUGACAGUGUUGGUCCUGACGAUGCUGUCUGAUACGUUUCCUGUGCUGCGUGCCGCAUUCACGUGUGUGUUGCGUCUGGUUCAGAUGGUGAAGCAUAGCGAGCAGCACGGUGGAUGGCUGUAGAUAUCUCAACUUGGCUUCCCUCGAGGGUUUUUGACAAGCUAAACAUUAAUGGAAUGUCGAUGUAUUUAUUUAAAAAAAAAUUCUGAAAGUUUCACAAAUGUUUGGGCCAAACCUAUUAUUUUCACACCUAUAUACCUUUAUUAUUAUUAUUUAUAUUUUCUGGUACUAAAAUUUAAGUUUAAAAGUAACUCAACGGAAGACAAAAAAAAUUACACACAACAAAAUGGUGCGCAAGACGAAAUUAUAAAAACCCAACAUUAAAAAGGUUUUUAAUUUCGCGGGAUUUCAAAUUUUUAUUUUAGAUAAUUAAAAAAAUCUAUGGUGAAAUUUGUAGUUUUGGUCAUGGAAAAAGUAGGGGAAAUUUUUCUUCAGGUUUUAUUGUGGACACCCUGUUGCGUAUAUGUACAUACACAUACGCGCGCGCAAGCGCAAACACGUAUCAUUCGUAAAGAUGGGCCACGUGAAGAGAAAAAAAAAAGGGAAGGGGAAGGGUUUUCCACGGAAUCUGCGGUCCAAGAAGGAUUUUUGCGCUUGUGGGUAACCGACACAAUGUCAUCUCACGUGGUGGGUCCUGGAAUAUAUGCCUGCAAUAUGUGUCUGGGGGGGGGGGGAAUCUAUAAUAUUGAACGUAAAAGGCCGAGUCUUUGAAACAUCGUUUCGACGUUAUUUUCACGUCUCCACAACGAGAAGUUUUUUUUAAAUUCCGGACCCUUCCCCCUUUAACCCGGAUAUGUGACCUUGUAUGUAGGUAUAUAUGUGUAUAUAUAUAUAUAUAUCGAGGGCAUCAUACCAAAAGGGCGUAUCAACGAAAAUGCAUGUUUACAGGGGAGUCAUUUAAAGUUUGGCUGUUUUUCCCUUCCUUUGUCUACAUAACAUGGUAUUAUCAUUCGAUUCAUGGUUAUGUUUUUCAGAAGCUCUGAAUAAGUGUUUAUGAACCUGAUUGGGUUAUAUUGCAUUUAUCUCGAUAUUGCAAAAAAAGUGUUGAUACGCCCUUCUGGUAUGAUGCCCUCGAUAUAUGAUUUCUGUUAGCAUGCAGCGUGUAGCGGGAGUGGGUCUGACUCCUGCGAGAGAAAGUGACGACUGCGCACACAGCCUCUCGGCACUCCUGUCUCCUCGCGGCACAGACGGGGCGACUCUGAAAGGGGACUCUGACAGGCGUAAUCCCGCCUCAGGUCCUCGGCUUGUCCGGGUGGGGGCUGAACAUGCGGGCAGCAGCAGAUGGGGGAACUGGAGGCUUUCUGUUCACCGAUUCGCGUGUGCGGCGUAUUCCCGUACCCACACCCGUGGUGGACCCCGUGGCUACAGGGCGUAACUGCUGCGAGCGCUGGGUUGACAGAGAAAAUAAAAGGUGGGAAACCCCCUUGGGAUGGUAUACAUGAAUGCAACGAGUAUCUUUUAAAAAAUUGUUUCCUUAAAAAAAAUCUUUGUUAAAGUAAAAUUCGUGGAAUGGAAAUAUUUAUACUUGCUGUUAAUGUAUUUGCUUGUUUCAAACACAGCACCUAUUGCAAAACUUGUUGACGCAGUGUGUUGGAGUAUUGCAACGAACAGCCAAACAUCCCCGCGAAAUACAGGGUGUCUCUCCUAGCGAUGGAUUUUAUUUCUCUCCUCGUAAAUGGUCAAGUGUUGCGUUUGUGUUUGUAUGCUCUUAGGGGCACGGGAAAAAAGUAUCGAUACUUUUUACAGCUUGACUGAAAUUUUAUAUUGGGAUUGACCUUUUUGUGGUGCCAACGCAUUCUUGCGGUCCGCUAAGUUCCACUGACUUUAUUUAUAUAAAACAAAAAUUUUUCGUUCAUCAUUCCUUUCGUUUUUUCUUUGAUUAAAAAAAUUUCACACAAACUUCAAGUUAAUUUUUUUUAAUGUAUCAUCAACGUGAUCCAUGGCCAAGCAUCCAAGGUAAAUGAAGGUAUCGAUACUUUUCGUUCAAUUCUUGUAUUUAGUAGGGUCGAUACUUUUUGUUCGAUGCCCUGAUCCUAUUCGCUGUGGUUGGUGGCGGUGUCGACAUUGGUUGCGCUUGUGUGUGUGCGCGCGCGUGAGCCGUACCGAAAACACGACGCGAAUUACUGCCGUACAAGGAGAAGAGAACUUUUUUAUUUUUAUUUUUGUAGCAGCACCGUUUUUUUUUUUAGAAUUACUCUUGGUUUUUUUUCUCCCUACCCCCCCUUUCUCUGGUAUUGCGAUAUACAACGCGGCUUCAAAUGUGGUUACGCCAUGUGUUAACCGGGCCUUGAUGUAUCCUCCCGCUGUAUCUAGCGCUUCUCGUGUAUAUUGCAGGGCCAUCAAGAGUUGGUUUGAUUUGGGGGGGGGGGGGGGGGAAGAGAGAGAGAGAGACCAAAUUCCUUGAGGCCCGGUGAGGUUUGGAGAAGUUCUCAAAAGGGUAGCUUCAGCGGUGUCCAUUUUCCAAAACGUCACUUGCAGAGCAUCACAUGAUGUUUGUUUGCGAGCACUAACACUCCCAUCGUUGAUUACAAACACUGGUAUGACAAACAGGAUUGGUAGUCCGUCGAUAACCACCUUUUGAGGACUGUCGAAUUUGAGAUAAGAUAACCAAACCUACCGUUGAAUAAAACCUUGGUGUAUGUGCGGGGCGAUUGUGGACAAUGGACACUCACUAUAACCUUGCCAUAAAAUUCCACCUUAAAUUUACGAAGAACUGAUAAAAAAUUCCUGGUAGCCUCGCGUUUCCACUGGUGAAACUUUUUAAUUUACAGAUGCUUAGUCAAAAAAUGUUUUCGCGUGCAGACAAAAUCUUUUUAGUAUUUGAAAUCCCCAACCACACACUGUAUUUUCUUGCACGUGCACAGAACAGUUGUACUGCAUACUGAAGGAUUUUUUUUGUAAAUGGAACAGAAAUACUCAUGUAAAAUUACAGAUACUUGUCUGCUUGGACAUUUACACGAAAACAACUGUAUUACUAGAAAAUAUUGUACACAGUGAUACUGCGUCAUCAUGUUAACCUCCAUUAGUUUUAUGUUACUUGUAAGCCAUUCCCCUAGUAGCUUUCCAGUAAUGACUGCGCACAUUCGUAAGCAUAAUACAAAAUACUGACAUAUUGUUGAAUAUUUGACUAUUCUUUUCCAUGGGUUAAAAAGAUAAUGCUUGAAAGAAAGAAAUAAAUUAAAAUAUGAAAUUACGUUUUAAUUUUCGUAAGAAAUACUCGGAAGUAUUUCCUCGAGAAAACGUAUUUCAUGCAUGCAAAAAUAACCAUUCCUGUGUUGUACAAAGUUACAAUGUAAUAAUACGAACUAUCUUAACAACUGGUUUCCAAAGUAAUCUUUUGUAAACGUACUGAAUUUUUUUUCUCUCUUCUGUGUACGAAUGUUUCUGUACCUGUAACUGCGAAUAACGAUUCGUUCAUCAGAGGCGAAUUCCUCGUUUGAAAAGUCCGUGUGUGUAUACGUGUGUACCGUGAUCCCUGACAGCAAAUACACUAGAGACUAAUACCGGACAGCUCUAUACUAACAACACAGGCGAGAGAGUGAAAAAUAACCUAGCGCCAAGAGGUGUAACUACAACCAUAUUUUAUAUAUAUCGUGUCAAAUUAUAUAUAAUAAACAUGUAAAUAAUGUCAAACAAUAUUAAUUUAAUUUUUAAAAAUUUAAGAACUGGAGGUUUAUAUCUCUCAUAAAUCUGUACUAUGAUAUUUUUGUUGCCAUAAUGUUGGUACUAUAUGUAUUAACUGAUAUAUUGAUACUGGGCAUACCGUUUGCCAUCUAUCGGACUGACGUGACAACAGCGCAAGGUUUUCACACAAAUUUCUUGGAGCUGUCCGGUAUUAGUCUGUAGUGUAUUUGCUAACAGUGAGCGCUUCGGUCGUGGAACGCCUCGGGGUGAAAUGUGCCGCAGGAGAGACACAGAACAGAGUCCGCCUGUGCCAAGUCGAGAACUGUCCUCCCACGCGACUGGCGGGUAUGCGGGAGAGGGGGGAGGGUGUUUGCGUCGCGGCGCAAGUGCGUCAGUUCGUCUGGCGUCCGUCCCCCGCGUUUGCAGUCUGCUUCUCUGGCCGGCUCCCAGCCUCCACGGAGGUAUCGGCACGUGGAGGGGUUCAUCUGCCCUGGAGGUUGAAGCAGCUCUCCCGAGGGGCGCAAACCGCAGCUGUGUGGAAGGCAAAUGUUUAUAGAGUCGGUCGUCUGUUCUAAAGGUUGAAGUCACAAACCAUGGCUUUAAAAGGCAAAUGGUAUAAGUAUAUUAGUCCCUGGAGGGGAUCGUCUGUUCAAAGGUUGAAGUCACAAACCGUAGCUUCAUAAAGGCUAAUGGUAGAAGCAUCGGCGUCGCAAGGAUAUUUUUUUUUUGGGGGGGGGGGACUGAAAUUGAUUUAGUUGUUGAGGAAUAUCCAUCCCAUGGGGGAAAAAGCGGGGGGUCCGGGUGUCCUCCCCCGGGAAAAUUUGGGGUUUGAAGGUGCAUAAAGGUGGUUUUUAGGCAUUUUUCUUUCCUAAAUAUUCUAAUUAUAGUUGGUUGCAAUAUAUAAUUUAUUUUUUAUAAAAAAUAUUUUCAGAGAGCAAAUUUGUAAAAACACAGUGCUCACAUUACCACGAUUGGACUAAAUGCACCAUGCGCAACAUAUGGGUUAUAUCACAGAAAUAAUAUCAAUAAUAUAACUACGAAACUAAAUACAUUAUUGGAGGGGACGAAAUGGAAGACUUUUAUUAUUGGGGGGGACGUGUCCCCCCCGGUUGCGACGCCCAUGGUAGAAGUAUCUAAGUCCAUGGAGAAGGUCGUCUGUUCAAAGGUUGAAGUCGCUCUGGGUAUAAAUAUAAAUCGUAGCUGUAUAAUGGGCAAAUGUUAGAAUGACAUUAGUCCAUGGAUAUAUAUGUUUAAAGGUUGAAGUUGCUCUGUUAAGGAAAAGAAAACCGUAGCUUUAUAAAGGCUGAUGCUAGAAGUAUAUUAGUCCAUGGAGUAGGUCGUUUGAUAAAAGGUUGAGGGGGCUCUGGUUGGGAAAAUGGUUAGGAAGACAAACCGUAGCUGUAUAAAUUUUAAAAGUACAAUUAUUGUAAAAUUAAUAAUAAAGUGAGUGUGGUAAAAAAAAAAACUUUUACUACAAAACAACAAGGAAUUAGCGUUAUAGCUGUAGAGAACCCGUAAAAUCCCGUGGAUUCAUUUGCGACAUACACGAUAAACGUCGUGCUGCUUCUAAGAUUGAGCCACCAAUUAUAAGGCCUCCCCCUACACCCACAAACUUCGGUACGCCUUGCCACCCCGGGUUAAAAAGCUGAAAUUACGCCUCUGGUUAUAACAAAAGAGGAGGUUUUCUAUGCAGAUGGAGAAGUGAGAUCGCUGUCAUGUAGACUUCAAUUUUUAACAGGGCAAAGGUCGUACACGCCCAGUCACUAACUUCUUACCGCCAUGUUCUCUGAUCACCUCGCUAAUUGGCGAAACGUUUAGUAUGUUCUAUAGGGUUGAAGGUCAAGGAGGUUUACCGCGAAAUGUAACAAAAUAAUAACUCAUCUGCCGGGAGUUCUCGCUUUAAAAUUACCAACAAGUAGUAACUGAACAGAAUUCAUUGCUAUGUUUAUUUUAUAGAAGUUAUUUUACAGUUAGCUACAAAUCAUGCAAAUAGUCAAGUAAUUAAUAUUUUAAAUAAAUUCUACGAAAAGGUAUUAAAACAACCACGGUGUUUUCCAUCACUCAGGAAAACACAUUCUAACCCUAAUAUCGUUCUACAAUAUUCAAGGCCAAGGUAGUAUUGAGCGUGAAACCUAUCAAAUGUUUUAGUUGGGUGGAAAACCUACCAUAAUCCUCUGUGAACGGAACAAAGACCCAUGUGCUGUGACUAUACCCGUUUUUUAAAAUGGCUUUGCCGAGAAAAAUAAUGGUUCUUAUCAACUAUGGUUUUGUUUUAAAGUAGCUACAGUAACAUGAUUUUAAUACAGCACGUUCAGGCUAGCGAAUUUUUUUUUCUUGUAAUAUAACGUCGAUAUAAUUUGAACGAGAAUAUAAAAUGUAAAAUGUAAACCACCAAAAAAAAGUGAGAUAGUCUUUCAGUACUCUUCAGUGAUAUGUAACAUCUAACGUCGGUAAUGAGCAAAUUAUUGUGUUCUCAUGUUGCAAAUACACCUAUAAUAGGAAACUUAGACACGAAAUUCAACGUAGAACUCUUUAAAUUAAUGCCGAGCGUGAUAAAUAUACGCAAAUUGUGUUUUCAACUACAUUUCUGGACGCGAAUCAUAUGUAGUUCCUGCACCCGCCGUUAGAAUUCGCUGCCGUCGCAGCUACGUCAAGUAUCGAAUCAUUCCAUUUGCAUACCGAAUUUUUAAACUAUAUAAUGAAACGGCUUGGAUAAAAGCCGAAAAGGCGUGAAAAAUACCAAACUCCAGCUCUUGACCUGAUUUUCGACAAGGAAUUUUAUUAUAAUACUGUCCAUCUUAUUAAAUACAUUAAACAGUUAAUACUUUAAAUCUAAAACUUUGUCUUUGUGAACUUUGGUUUGUGCUAUCCGCGUAAGAUGGCAGCACCGUGGUUGUUAGACACAUUUCGUUCCUCGACUUACAUCGCAUUAACGAAAUUACUCCCACCUAAUGCCGUGUAUCAAGAGCUAAGAUGUAACGCAUCAAAAAAGGAAACGCUGAACCUAAUUGAGCAACGCCGGCAGCGCGUGGUAAUGAAUGAUACCUGGCGGACAAGGUCAACAGGCCAGGGGAAAAAAAAAGCACGUCUAACUCAGCACACGUAAUAGAAGCGAAACCUCUUUGGAAAUUCAAACCUUGACCGUAAGUGGUAAGGGGUAAAAUGGCAGAGAAAAAGAGAGAAAAAAAGUCUAGUUUCUAAAUAAACAUUACUCACUGUUGAAAUACACCGUAAAUAAAAAGAACUGUGCGUGUUACUGUUUCUUCAAACAAUUCUGCCAUUUGAAAAACGCCAAAUCUUCGAACGAAACAUGAAAUUCGAAAGAGGUAGCACUAUCUAUGCGGUAAAUGCAUGGACUGUCUCAACAGCGCUCUCUAUGCUGCUGGUUGGAUUCAGAAGAACGUGGGCGCGGUGGUAGCAAAUAUAAACUUAAAGGUAUUCACAGCUGACUAUAUAUAUAUAUAUGUAUAUAUAUAUAUAUUCUAAAACAAACGAAUUCCUACACUCUCGACGUGUUAUUCUUUAGUUCGUCUAUCUCUCUCGGUUCUAUUUUUUUUUUCCCCCGGUUGUGGGGGACGAAUAAUCGCACGAACAGAACAUAAACGAGCCCAGCAACGUAUAUAGCAUAGUGCUCUCAUCAUAUCUCUUUGGCUAAGUAGGUACCUAUUAUCUGUACAAAUUUUUUUUGCGUCAGAAACGUUUCACAAUCGCCCGAGGGGAUGUUUCAUCUCCACUUCCAAAGAGUCCCGAACGAGAGUGAACCGGAUUGAUGCCGGACCACGGGACGCGCCGAACCGUGGAACGCGUGCUCGGAGAACUUCCACGGUAUUUGCCAGUUCAUCCUGCGCGGGGUUCGGAACCGUUACGUCAGUGGUGCCGGCUGGCGGUAGAAAGCUGGACUGGUCCGGGCUGGGUUUUCGAUCGGACGAUCGCUCGCCGCUCGCACGGCAGUGUUUUCGCCCCGCGGGGGCCCGCGACCGACCAUGGACUGAUGAUGGGAGAGACGGCGCGCGCGAUCUGCGCAGUAACAUAAAAAAAAAAAAUGUGCGCUAAUCUUUUUCAGUAUUCGGGCAUGUGUCGUUUUGCCUAAUUUUAGGCAAAACGCCGUUUUGCAAAACGCCGUCAGGCAAAACGCCGUUAGUAAAAUCGGAGUUAGGCAAAACGCCGUUAGGCAAAUCGCCUUCAGGCAGAACUCCGUUAGGGAAAACGCCGUUAGGCAAAUCGCCUUUAGGCAAUUCGACGUUAGGCCAAACGCCUUUAGGCGAAAUUACUUUGGGCAAAUCGCCGUAACGAAUUCGUGUUUAGGCAAACCGCCUUUAGGCAAAUCGCUUGUUACUCCAGUAUUCGCUAUAAACGUAGAACCUCUUAACCCCGCGGUUACGAGCAAAUUCAUGUAUUCUCGUGCUGCAGAAACACCAGUGAUACGAAACUCGCACACGAAAUUGAACGUAGAAUUCUUUAAAAUAAAGUCGAGCUUGAUGAAUAUUGGCGCAAAUUGUGUUUUCAACUACAAUUCUUGACGCGAAUCACCACGUGGUUUCCGCACCCGGCGCUAAAUUUCGUUGUUGGAGCAGCUAUGUCGACUAUCAAAUAAUUCCACUUGCAGACAGCAAUUUUAAAUUACAUAAAGAAACGGCUCCGAUGAAAACGAAAAAGACACGAAAAAAAUGCUCAACCUCAGCUUUGGACCUGAUUUUAGACAAUGAAUUUUAUUAAAAUAGUGUCAAUUUUGAUAAAAUUCAUUAAACAGUCAAUUUAUAUAAAGUUUCCCUUUGGCUUUGUGAACUUUGGUGGGUGCCUUCCUCCACAUGUGGCCAAACCGUGGUCCACAAUGCACAGAAAUGUUAAAAAUUAAUCUUUUCCAGCUAAUUAUACAAAAACUUAAACACUUCAUGUGUGUGUGUGUGUGUGUUUUUUGAAGUUCGGCCACCCAAAAGUGUAUAAACUUAACCUUGUCAAACUAAAAAAAAAAAAAAAAAAAAGACCUGGAACGGGACAUACCCCCUUAAGGUGUGCCGUCUGGCUGGGUCCCCUAGCUAAGGGUGACAUUGGCUCGCGCAACACACGCCUCGUAGUCUCUACGCUCUAGACAGCGACCUUGCGUGCUGUCCUCUCGUUGGUAACGAGCCUUCAUGGGACUUUAUGUGGCGGCCGUGUAAUUUAAUUGACUAGUAUCAAAUAAAGAAGCUUCCUGCGCUUCAUUUCACUUUUACAAUAAAAUGUUUAGAUACUUAAAAACGUACGUGAAAACACGUGUUUUUGCUUUUUUUCACUGUCCAAAAAAAUACAUGUUAAAAAAAAAAGAAACUUGCAUAGGCCAGUGUAAUGGCUCUUAAAUGCUAUUCGUAAUCGCUACAGGCUGAAAAAAAAAAAACCGCGGUUUCAGUAACCUCUAGCCUGGAAUACACUUAAACACCGCCUGCUCAUUGGCUACUGACUCGUGACACCUGUCAGCUGGGAUGCUUGUGAUCCGAUUCUUAUUUUAUACAGGAAAUAUUUUUUUUCCACUCGUUCACAUCAAAGCCUAUCGGUAUCUAGCUGAUUGAACAAGCAUAAUCCUACAGCACUCCCUCUCCAAGCGCGGCUCCAGAAGGGGGGCGGUUGGGGCUAUAGCCCCUCCCGAGACCAAUUUUAUUGAUUAGUGUAUAUUUAUGUUUACUUAAAUAUUUAAUUUCGUAUUUUGAACUUUUAUCUCAUCAAAAGUAGCAUGUAGCUACUAAGGUUCUGUAUUUGAAACCUGUAAUUUGUAAGUAAUAUUCCAAGGCCAAUAUCUGACCGCUUUCAUUUUUUUGCAACUACGACCUUUCUUUGUGCGAUAGCCCCUCUCGAAAAAAAGUCAUCCUGAAGCCGCCAUUGUCCCUUCUCCUCGUGAAUUUUAAUACUAUCUUUUUAUAUACAUGACGUGACAAUUUCCGUGACACCAGGGGCGUAGCCAGGGGGGGGGGUUAAGGGGUUCAACCCCCUCCCCCCUUUAGCACCAAAUCUUUUAAUUAAUUUCUUAUUCAUCACUCAAACAAAUUUCAUAUUAAAAUUAAUAAAUUUUUUACCAUUACAAUAUUUAAAUUUAAGUACCGAAAACUGCUAAAAUAGCACUAUUUUUACACACCUUAAAAUCCAAAAUUUCCCGGGGCAGGACCCCCGGACCCCCAGCUUUAAUACGGGGAGGGUGGACAUGCUUCUUAACACCCCUCCAUACACAAAUCCUGGCUACGCCACUGCGUGACACUGUCGAUAAAUGUUUAACGUUUUUUUUUGUUUUGUUUGACGGCGUGUUGGAAGCUGGAGCUCUCUGUCCGGCGAGGCAGGCGGCCGCGUUGGGCGCCUCUCUCGGUACGACGACCCCGGACGAGAUGAGGUGCUUUUCAAUCCGCCGCGAGGAACAGGUGUGCUUCUGACCCACUUCUGGUCGCCGGUCCAGACUCGUCCGCCGCGUGCCGUUGGCGAGGUUAUUGAUCCGUGUGCUUCUGUGCCACCCGAUGCGGAGUCGACGUGUAGAGCGAUGACACAGCUCCGGUACUAGCCUGGACAGCUAGUGCCUCCAUCGGACCACGGGGUUCACUGGGUGACUGAGUGGUCUCAGCGUGAUGUGGGAGAUCGGGGUAGGCGCCAGCAGUGCUGAUAAAAAGUCUCAGGGCUCAGGACACAGGCUGACUGUCUGGUCAGUUGAGCGAGGUACGGUGCCGAGUCGGUGGACCAUGCUGGGUUGGUGGUCCCAGCCGCUGGUCAUUGCCGAAGCUCUUAAUACCUUCCCGAUCAAAAAAAAAAAGAAAUGGAGUGAUCCCUAGCCAGUUCUGUUUUAAAUUUAUUGCUCUGGAAUGUAUAAACGAACUGGAAAUUUCUCCCAUCCUACCCUGAUUGGGCGCAUAUGUGGUAGGGGCCGUGAGAAUGCCGGCCGUAUGUCGGAAAACAAUCUGUACUACUUGCGUAGUACACGUUAAAUAAACGUAUCCAUGUUGAAAAAUAUUUUUGUAUGUCGUAUUUUCUGUUUUUUUUUUUUUUUGCUAGUGAUAAAACAGUUUUCUUUAUUACGAAAUAUUUAAAUUAAAUUACAGCACAUGUAAUGUCCGUCCACAAAUUAAAUUAAUCACACUUUCAUAAGUCCACUAUUUACUCUCCCCACUGGAGUUCUCUCUACUGCUCGGCCUUUUGCCAAGCGCCUCGGUCCCAACUCACUGCUUCGCGUCACUCACUCGUCUGUCGCGUCGUGGACACAGCGCCGUGAAGUCCAUCUCUCGUCGCCCGCCAUCGCUCGCCAAGAGGUCGCUCGUAGGUGGCGCCGAGGAUUCGUCGGUGUAACUGCUCCACCGCAGGUCGGCUUGUCUCCUUUUACACCUGCCCGCGUUUACCCUUUUGGAAAGGUCUCGCAGCCCUCCGAAGUAGGUAUCUGGUUUUCAAGGUCUUUCAAACUCGGCACUCGAAGCUGCGAGAACAACGGCGUCCUAGUUACGCCACUUCACGCGACGGUGCUCUCGGGACCCGUGGAACCCUCCAGGCGGGACCGAGUGGCGCCUGGACUCCGCGUGAUAGGACGAGGGCCACUCUAGCCAUCUAGCCGCCUCAUAACAGUAUUAAAGUAAUUCUAAGAUUGUUACUAUCGUCUUAACUUUUAUAUUUGGUUGAUAUAAAUGCACCGAAUAACAAAAAAAAAAAAAAAUUCAAAACUGUUUAAUAAGGAAGUUUUAACAAAUACAAGCACAUACGUACCGAUUGUAACUAUGAAACAAAGGCAGAAUCAUAAAGUAAUUUGCCGUGAACUCGCGAAACACUCCGAAAGUGACAAAAAUCACUCCUUUGAGUUUCCAAUAAAGGUCUCAAGUAAACAAUUAAGUACUUAAAUUCGGCCACGGCCUAAAUAAUACGCUUGAAGUGCUAGCCGUGGCAUAGUAUUUUUUUUUAGGCCUAUAUAAAUUUAAAGAUGGCUGAAUGUAGGGUACACUUUAAAAAGCUGGAUUUGCAGUUGAAAAAACAAAAACAGUAAAAGCAGAAUAUUUGACCGCCAGGUUUUUGAACUUAUUGAUUCACAACAGAGCAUGCCAGGUAAAUGAAUUUAUUUUAUUUUCUGUUGUGAACGCAUAGCGCCAACAGCCAAUUAGAGGGUGCCGUUUUGGCGGCAGUUUUGAACUGUUUUUUUAUUCAUUUAUCAUGUGGCGGUAGGAAACUAUCGAGAUAUAAAUUUGCUCAGGUAAUUCUUCCUUUAAAAUUCGUCAGAAUUAUUUUUGUAAGUGACUAGUGAUACAUACACGGAAAAAAAACUAAAUAAUUUUGUCCUUUUAACAUUUUUUAAACGUUGUUUACAAACAGAAAUUUUUGCUUUACGUAUUCGUCAUGGCCCGCUGUUUGCUUUCAAUUUAUGUUAUUUUGCUGGUGACAGGGGCGGACACAUAAUUUUUUUUGUGGACGAAAAAAAGGGAGAGGGGUUUAAAAAUAUAAUUUGAACACGUAUAAUAAAAAAAAGAACUUAUUUACAAUUGACACGGGGCCUGCAGUAAUAGCUAAAGGCGACAUGGCUUCUCACAAGUUGCAAUCUGCAGGUGUUGUAACAGCUCAUCUUGCGUCACCCAAAAUAACAUACUGUCUUCACUGAUAGGCCUAUUUUGCAAAUGUUUUCGUAACUUGGAGGGGAGGGGGGAAGUAUAUAUUUCCCAAUUCCCCUCUCCCCCUUCGGAUGUCCCCUGCCCACGCACUUGUUUGACGGCGCAUUAGAAACCAACCACGCCUGCGACCUGUCCUGGUUUUCUUCGUCGCGCGCGCGUCUAUAAAUGGCGACCCGACGAGAUUUCAUCGCAGCGCUCCCGGUGGCGCGAAAGUGAAACCCCCUCGGCCCAUCGCGAGGGCGACGCCGACGGUCGGCGCGAUUAAAAACUCGAUUGGUUUCGCGUCGAAGCGAGAAAACUUUUCAGGAACGUGUUUUGCUCGGGAUCUAGUCUUAAAAACCUCUUCGGCGUCGAGAGAUUGCUGACAAGCUGGAACUACAAUAGCGCGAACUAAGUUCGCGGACGCUUUGAAAGGCUUUCCCCCCUCCACCUUCCUCUCUACCGUCCAGAUUUUAAUCGCUGGCACGAAGUUACUGAUAUUCGCGUCGGACUUUUUGUUUUCGAAUGAUGAUCAAUCUGUAGAGACCGGAUAAAUUCGCGGAUUCCUUUCGAGACAGGCUGGAAUCCAAACUCGUUUAGCUUAAUGCUGCGUCAGUGAUUGGAACGCAAUUUACCCGAAGGACUCUGAGCAAAUGGCAAACAUUCAACAAAAGAAGUAUCGAAUCAUAAGAAUUGCAGUAAACAGGUGUCCCGAGUCGGUAGCCAAUGACCAGGUGAUAGUUGCCCGAGUACAUUAGAGAAUCGUGGCGUCUAUCCUAGUGGUCAUUGAAACCGCGAAUUUUUCCAGUCCCUAUCAAUCUGGCGCAUUGGCAAUACAACUCUAUAUUUGUUAAAUAUUUCGAAGUUUUGUUUACUUAAUUCGUCUGUGGAAUAUUUGAAAUACGUUCACACAUGAAAGUUUUUAAUUUUUCCCCUCUUCACCCCGAAUUAAUGUUAACUUUGGAUAGUUGUAAACGAAUGUUUUCUAUUGUUUGUCGUGCGGUUCCACAAUAACGCGCAUGUGUUCGCUGUCGCAUACCUAGCUUGAUUCGCGUCGCGUCUGUCGCGCUACUUUUGAGUCCAGCACGGUUGGCUGUACUCCGGUUUUCAUUGCGAGGUGUUUUGAGUUCGUGUCCCGGGCGUGGAAUGAACGUAUUUUUGUAAAUUGAUAAGUUAGUAUAUAUACACAUAUAUACACAAAAAUAAUUAGUUAUAGCUCUCGAUCCCUUCAAGUCAAUCGGUAUGGUAAGCAAGUUGAAAUAUGCUCAUCCUGAAUGGCUAAUCCAUCAACUGGGUCAUUGGGUUCAUCGUUUUGUUUAUGUUGCCAAGCUGGAGUGCCAAAUAGUUUUGAGCAGAGUUGUAUUUUUUUUUUUUAGGCACAUCCCUUCUGUGUUGGUGCCUCAGAAAGGGACGUAAGAAAACAUCACUUUGUGCUUUGAUUUUUGUAACUUGUGUAGACGGUUCUGUCAGAACAGUUAAGAAUCCGUUGAGUACGUUGUGACACGGCGGGCAAUCAGUUCGUAAAUCUAUAUUGGAUGUUUUAACCGGAAAUAUAAAUACCAUCCCUGUCCCACAUUAUUUUGAGGCAGGUUUCAAGGAUCUUUGCAGUUUUGAAAUUGCAACGAGAGUUCGAAGUAGAAAAUGCGUCAGAACAGAGCCGUAGUCAGGAUUUCGUGAAGAAGGAGAUCCAGUAUAACAAUUAAAAAAUAUAUAUUUUUUGUUUUCUUUUUAAAUGAGCUUUAAAAUAAAAUAAAAAAUGUCAUACUAAAACCUCAGGGAACAGUAGACUUUUACACACUUUGCUUGAGAAAAGAAAACUAUUAGUUUUAUAUUUUGGUUUUUAUUCAAUGGUUUUAAUACUUCUUUCUUAAGUCAAUUGUUUGAUGUUUUCGUUAAAACAAGCCAUAAAUACACGUGUAUUAAUGUUAUUUAAUACAUGAAAUACACACAUGACAAUUUCUAUUAAAUACAUGUUUACACAACUAACACGUGUGCAAAACCAGCAUUAAAUAUGGACUUUUUUUGCAAACAAUUCCUACCGCUUCUGUAUAUGAGACAUGUUGUGCUAGACGUGGGGGGAAAUGCAUUUACUGUAGCCCACUGUAAGGAUUACAAUAAUCCUUCUUCCAAAUAAGUUCUGUGUAAAUUUAUGUAAGUUCCUGUAAUUUUCUUAUUCUGUCUUCUCUAGUUCCCCCCCCUCCCCUCCCCCCUAAUUUACUUCCGGCUACGUUCCUGGUUAGAGGUGGUAAUAUUCGACACAACUGAGCCUCUUAACCUUGGGUGGCAAGUCUUAGUUGAACUGUACGCGUGUUAAGGAGGAUAAGGCCUCUCCAUAUUGCAGUUUCAAAUAUUUUUAUACCGUUUGCAAUCAAGCUUGCGUACUAAUUUCAUUGGUUUGACUUGGCACAGGACUUGGGCUCUGGAUACCUGUUGAAGUCAACACUUGUGAACUGGUGUGAUCAUCAUGAUAGUUGUAGUCGCCCGCGUAAAAUAAUAAGUUAGUUCCUCGUGACGCUUACAGAACCUGUUAGUAAAUAUAUGUGGUUGGAACAAGGUAGAGAAGGUCUGGGAAAAAUUAGUUCAAAAUUAGAAUUGCAGGAAAAAGAUGGAAGCAUCCAAAUUUGUGGGGUCUGAUACCCUUCAAGAGUCGUACAGUUGUAUAAGGGAUACGGAACCUAAGCGCAGAAUGCUGAAUUCGCGAUUAUUCUUUACAAUUUGAGUACCUUAUCCUCGACACUGCUCGCUUUAUGCCUUCCAGAAAAUUUAUCCGAAAUUUCUUGGGCGAUGGUUAAUGUUUGGAUGCUUCAGACGUGAAGCCACUUAUAUAUAUAAACAAACUGAAUUUUAAUUUGGUUUCGCUGUUGCGACGAGUUAGUCCUUGAUCUUUGAUCCUGAACUCGGGAUGUAAGAAGGCGUGGACAGUUUCAGGAUCCCAACCGAGUUAUAAACGAGCCAGUGCUCUGCUGAUAAACGAUCGUGGGUCGUUUGUGAGCGAAAGAGGAAAGUUGUCGCUGCAUAAAUGGGGCUUCGCUCGUGUUUUCGUGGAAUAAGCGUGGGCUCGGACUGACUCAUUAGUUGAUAAUUUAUCUCUUCUUUGUUCUUCAUAGGCCUAACGGGCCUUAUUUAAACCCGGAGGUCGUUAGUCCGUGUGCAUAAUGGUGUUGCGCUAAACCGUAAUCUAUACUUUUCUUUAGUAGCCUAAAUGCUUGUUAAAAUAUUUCUUAAGUUGCUUUAUGUGCAUUAGCACCGCCGAAUAGCUUAUAUACGGCAGCAUCGUUUUCAGAGCCACUCUUCAUCAGACUUGGGUAUUAUAACUUGUUAAAAUUUAAGUUGAACAUCUACUGUUUCGUUAGUAUUCAAACCAUUUGUCUUAACUAGACGAGUUGGUGUUUGACAGGGAAGUAACUUGUUUGUGAAAUUUCAGUUCGUUGAACCAAUUCAACACGAUGUAACAUCAAUAGGCUUUUUUUUACAGACAAAUUUCGAGCUUAACUGAGUUAAAUUUCUGACACUUGCCUUGAACCUAAGGUGCUUAGCCAUGUCUGCUUAAAAUGAUGGGUUACGUAUCUAAUAAUAAAGUGUGCUUGGGAUGCAGUCGAUUGCCUCGUGCAAUGAAGUUUCAUUACGUUACGUAAUGACGUUGUGUCGUGCUGUGCAAGGCCUUCGCUUCAGUUCCAGCCUUGAACUGGUUGAACUGUGUGUGAAACCUCGCGGUUCUAUUAGCGUCGUCUGAUCAAUAAAGCGCGUGACGUCUUAUUCUGCAGUGGGAAACGUCAAUAUCAGGGUGAAUUUCCAUCGUCUUUCGUUUUUGUUGUGUAACACCUUAGCUCUCGGCGUACGGCAUUUGGUAGAAGUAAUUUCACGAAUGGAACGGAAGUGGCAUGGAACGGAAAUGUGUAACCACGGUGCUGCUAUCUAUUGCCGAUUGGUCGAACCAAAAUUCACAAUGACAAAGGAAACGCUAUCGCAUUUACUGUUUUUUUAUGAAUUUUAACAAGGAGAGCAGUAUUUUAAUAAAAUUCUGUGUCGAAAAUAGUUCCAAAUCCGGGGUUUAAUAUAGUUUUUCAAGGGUUUUUUUAUUUUCGCUUUUAUCGGAGCUAUUUUAUUAUAUAGUUUAACAUUUCGGUUUGUUUAUCAAACGAUUCAGUAGUCGACUUAGCUGCUCCGUUAACGAAUUAUAGUGGCCGGUGCGGAAACUACGAGUGAUUCGCGUCCAGAAAUGUUAUUGAAAAAACAAUCUGUAUAUAUUUAUCACGCUCGACAUUUGAGAGAAUUCGACGUUAAAUUUCGUGUUCAAGUUUCGUAUUACAAGUGUAUUUGCAACAUAACACAUAAAUUUGCUCGAUGCCGAGGUUAGAUGUUACACAUGACUGGCGAGUAUUGAAAGAGUAGCACACAUUAAAUUAUUUCCCUGUUAUGGGUUCGUGUAUCCCCUAUUAAAGUUUUAACAACAAACGUUGCAGGAUAAUGAGCCCUUUAGAAAAUUUUUAAAAUACUUUUUUAAAAAAUUCAUUUUUUUUUUUGCGAAUGUGAAAUGUGACUGACGUCCCCCCCGUCCCCCCCCCCCCCCCCCAAUUAUUUCUGUCCUCGUAUAUGAUGAACUUGAUGUCGAGUUCAUUCUCCACACAGUAAACAUGAAGUUUCCAUUACCUUAACCUUUUUUUUGUGUCCUAAAGCUGCGAUGCAAUGCUUUACGCAUUGCGUAUCUACUAAUCAGUAAAGCGCGGACUUUCGUUGAAUGAAUUUUAGACAGGAUAAAUUAAAAAUACUUAUUCGGGGUGUCCAACAUUCUGGAAAGUCAGGGAAAAUCAGGAAAAUGUCACGGAAGUUAGGAUUUGUCGGGGAAUUCACUUGAAAUCCAGGAAAAGUCUUGGAAAUUUCAUAGUCUGCGAAAGCAAUUUUUUUUCAACACUUGAUUUUAAUGAAUAGCAGGGCCGAAAAUCUGUAGGUUUCGCAAGAGGACCCCGUGGAAUUUGCAUGGAGAAGAGGGGAGGCGCUUCUCGAGAGUCCAGCACGCGGGGUUAAUAAACACUUAAGCCCUGGAUAAGGUGCUUGUACGCUGUAUUCUACUGCCCAUAUUUUGGCCUACAGGCAUGCAGUAAGCAGAUAACUUUAAAAUGUACAGAAAGUUCUCCAUAAGACAUAGUUGACAUAAAACCUGUUUCGCAGUCACGCUUUUGCAAUUGCUUCUUAAUUCUUAGGUGGAGAGGGGAGAACGGGGAUCUACGCCCAUUAUGCAUAGUUGUACAGACUAUGAAAUGGCGUUCGCAAGGUUCUGUUCGAAUUUCAUUUGUGUUGUAUAUUUCUAGUUUGAAAUUUAAGUCUGAUGAUUGUGGCGGAGGCUGAAUCACCUUUAUUUAUUUCAGAAUAAAGAGGUAAAUCAUAUAACAGUCAGGAAAAUUUGAAAUUUUUUUGUCUGAAAGGAGCCAGGAAAAUUUUACUACAGAUUUGUGUGGACAUUUUGGACUUAAAUUAACUAGUUAUCUUUAACGUACAGAACUAUGCAUUGUUUUACAUUUGACUGGAAUUUACCAUGAUUCAGCGAGUAUUUCGCAAGCGAAAGGUCUAAAUUCGAUUCUCUUCCGGGGCUCGUACUCCCGAGAACCGACUAUUGUCAUCUGAAGACGCAAGAUGAGGUGACCACGUUUGGAAACUGGCUGAGUCAAUGUAGAAAUUGAGUACAUACUAGUUGUGAAGCUUGUUUAUUACGUAAAAUCCUGCUGCCGUCGAAGAGAGAUAGCGAGAGAGAAAGAGACAGAUAAAAACUAGCAGCGUACAAGGAUAUUCACUGUGUAACCUUGCUCUUGGGGUAGAAUGAACUGAACAAAGACGCGCUUGUGAAGUUUGUAAUCAAAGAAACCAGUUCGUUCACAUCUUGGAAGUUAAAAAUGUUAGUGGGAGGAACUAAUUAAGAUAUAUGCACAAGCUUUUUUUUUUCCUGUUCUGUGACUGAAGUUUUUCCGUGUUGUGGAUUCUAGAUUUUUGUUACUACUUGAUCGUUUCGUUUCGUUCAAUUUUACGGCAAUCUGUUACGUUUGACAAACGGUUUUAGGUUUUUUUUAAUGGGGCAUGAUACCCAAAUUCCAGGCGCACCCAUCGGUAAUCACGUUUACCCUAACAAUAAAUCCAUAUAAAGUUCACGACAAACACCAGAAUGUAGAAAUAUUUUGACACGAUUAUACAUGAAUGAUCUAAUUCAUCCAAUAAUAAAUUUCUUUAUAAAAAAACUAACAGGAUUAAUAUUAAUUUCUAAUUUACGUCUAUCUUGUAACUAACAUUUGAUAAUGCAGGGGGGGGGGGAUGUUUUAAUAAUUUGAUAUUUGAAAAUGAAUUUUAAUUUGCCUGAGGAACAUUAAUUAUUUUAAAAGCCUUACAUUCUUAAAUAAAAGAUGCCACCUACGAAAGGUAGAUAGAUCUUUACAAUACCACUACCUAUGAUCAUGUUCUUAAAUGUGCUUAAAGUGAAUGCUUCCCUCUAAUUUUGCAUAAUUUAGUGGCUAUAAAUUAAACCACACAUCAAUCAUUUUAAGCUGCUUAAUUAUUUGCAUUAUUAUUGUGAUAAAAUAAGCAUAUACAAGGGGGGGGGGGGUGAAUCAUGAUCCCUACCUGACUGCGUCCUUGGUUUAUACAAAAAUUAUGUUAGUAUAUAAUAAGGGGGAUUGCAAAAUUAACAUUUUUUUGCUUAUUUCAAGGUAGAAUAUACACCCUUAUGUUUAAUCAAGUCAGUGUAUUUUGUUAAUGUUCUGAUGACGCCACAUUACACAGUCAGUCCUGACUUCACGUGAUAGGAUGAGGUGAAUAUUGUUAACUUGUUAAUUGGUUUCUUGUCUUGCAGCUUGUGAAAAUUUGCCCAAUGAAAAAGAUCACUCAAACGCAUAAUUACAGAUAUUCUAACUUGCCGUCAAAAUAGUAUACACACUGUUCAGUAAAAUGUGAGAAUUUUUGGACAGUUACUGCAAGGGAUACUUAAACUUCGAUAGCUUAGUUCAUACAAAGUAAAAAAAAAAAAAUUGUUAUUGAAGCAUUAGCUAGUCCGGUGCCACACGAAUCAGUAUUUGUUUUGUUUAUUACGUCACAAUAUUUAGCUGUCAAAGUUAAUGUUCGCUGGAACACCUGUCAAAAUAAAGAGUCUCGCCUUAUCGCCUCGUCCGUGGUGUAUCUGUGUGAGCGAGAAGUGCUUCUAGCGCGUUAUUGACUGUGAACUGGCGCGCAGUCUUCUCGUCGUGCAUAGCACGACUACGAGAUUUGAGUGGUAACCAUGUCAUAAGGCGGAGAAAUGCGAGGUUCUUGAGGAGUGCUUUCAGAACUCUGUAACCGGGCGUUUCAUGUCUAAAAUCCAUACUGGAAACUCGGCGUUUCAGUUCCUUCCCCCCUUAAAAUGCAGGUUAGAAAAGAAAAAUAAGGAAACAGAACUACUCAUCCUCCCUAAGCUCAUGCUUAAAUACUCUGAUAUCUUGUUCAGUUUUUAAAAUCGCGUGUGGGUUUUUUUUUUUUUUUCAUUCAGAAGCUCUGCACGGGAAGCCUACAACUCACGUAGUUUCGGUUCCCUGCAAGAAUUUCCGAAGUUUUGCGUUUUGGUAUUAACGCCACUUCAGCCGCUAAAUCAGAAGUUCCCAAUGAAAACAAGCAUGUUGUGACUGACCUAACCUAACAUAACCCUUCGAUUUUUUAAAUUUCAAUUUUUGAGAGAAAUCCGAUGUUGCACGAACGUGGUAGGGAACCGAAACUACGUGAGUUGUAGGCUUCCCGCUCUGCACACCGUGUGUGUGUGUGUGCGCGCCAUGAUCGGCCUGGCCCUUUAAACCACGCCGGUUCUCGCAGGUCCCAUUUGACGGAACAGUUUACUGCGCUGUGCAAACAAAACCAGAUGGAGCGGCGAUCUGCAAGACGUCUUCCUGCGUCAGUCGGUAGUUAACUCUUGGCACAGCAGGGGCAUUAAAUACUGGAGUCUCCCGGCGAGCUGUCGUAAAUCUUCCCCCAACAGUAACAAACAGAUCGGGCGGAACGCGGUCUUCUUGAAUUGGAAAAAAAAGGGGGGGGGGGGGAUCGACGUAACUUUAAAUGGACACAGUGUCCGGAGCCACUAUGGGCGAAGGGUUGCGGCCGAUUAUCUACAAGAGUUGGGGUUUGGAGGGAAGCGUUUGAGGCACACAUAAAUAUAUUUAAAUAAAUUAGAAUCUAUUGUGUAACUUUUAGCAGACGUGGCGGAAGGAAAAAUUAAAGCAGCCAAUGUUGCUUGUUCUUGUUAGGAUCGCCAGAUAGCAGCACAAGGCUUACUCACGCGAGGUAUUUCGGCAAUACCACCUUUGAAUAUAUAUACUGUAUAGAAGUCGCGAGUGGAUAGGAUUUACUCUACGUUUUUCAAAAGCGUAUGAUGAGCAGCUUGGGAACUUCACCGCAGCAGUGCGCUGCCGUAACGUCCUGUAUCGUCUUAGUUGUUAUUUACACGUUAGAGCGCAGCGCUGUCGCCUGCUGUCAUUCCCCGCACCCCCCACCCAUCAUUCACUGGAGCUCAAGGUCGUUCAACGGGAGGGGGAAGGGGUGUUUGAAGAGUUCGACACUUGUCCGCUAGGGACCACCACAAGUCGAUGCCCUAGAGAUGGUGGCGAUUGCGGCGGUGAAUUAACCAACUACCUCAAAACCGUAUUAGAAAUUUUAACCUGGGCUGGCGACUUCUAUACAGUAUAUAUAUUCAAAGAUACCACUGAAACAUUGCGAAUAGUAACAUGUUUUCAAAGUGGUAUCAUAGAAAUACCACUACAAAACAAAGGGUUAACAUACGCAGUAGACCUCAAAUGUAUUUUGUCAAAUGUAAUAAAAAUACAGAAUGAGUCUGAAUUCGACCGAAAAAAAAUUCUUCUGCAGGUUCAAUCGCGACAAAAUAAAAUAGAAAAACAUAUCUGCGACGUGUGGGUUUGGGGAAUGUAUUUUUUUUUUUUCGCGUAAAAAAGGUUUCGAGACCAGCUGAAAGUGUUUAAAUGUCGGCACACCAAUUGCAGCCAUUCGGUGCGGAAGCAAACGCGUCCUGGGUGGCUCGGUCGAACAAGGAAACGGCUUCUCUCGCAAGCGGCCGCCAAUCACAAGGAAGAAACCGCUGCUGCGGAUAUACCUUGUUGCAGUCUAAUGAGCGAUCCGAUUUUUUUCUGCGAAAAUUGCUUAGCUCUACUUAUGGUCUAAAGUGCUUCCCAAGGCUUGGUACACGACUUUGAAGCAUGGGCUGAACAACAUUUUUUAUUGUUAAAAAUAGAUAAAGUAUUUAAAAUAGAACACUAAGCGUCUGAUUUGUUUUUUGUUGAACGAAGUUCUACAAUCGCUGCGAAAUUUGUCACCAAAUGGUUUCAGAUUGAUUGAAAAAAAAAAAAUUGUUUCGAUAAAAACUAUGUAAUGUUAGUUUAGCAGUUAUUAUUAUUAUUAUUAUUAUUAUUAUUAUUAUAAUAUGUAGGAACGAACGAAUUUCGCGCAUUAAAUUACUCAAAUUUCCCAAUCAGAGCAAAUAUCGUUCUUAAAUUGGAUGAUGACAUUCAGGUACCUUGGAAUUGGUUUGAAUGUAAUUUUGCCCAUUGCUUUUUUUUUUUUUGUCUUCUAGGGUGUGUGGUACAGACUCCGGUCCAUGUGCACAUGUCGAUCAGAGUUUAACAUCACUUCGCGAAUUUUUUUUUGUCCUAUUGUGACUGUUCGGUAGCCAAGCUAAUUUGAUGCACGUGUUCGUCUAGAAGGUCCAGCAUGUAGUAGGCAUGGAUAAUCAGUUUGCUCCAACCAUAUUGAAUACAGAUAUAUUUUUAAAAAAAAAACCAAGGUCUUUGACCGUGCUAUCGGCCAAUAAUAGACGCCCUUAAUGCGGCUGUAAAAAUUUCACAACUUGACACAUCGGAACCUAAAUCUGCAAACAAUGAACUGUUCGCGCACGUUCGCCGGCAUGGCAUUCCACAUAACAGGGCUCCAUACUAUCCCCGGGGGUGUCUGCAUUGUUAGUAAAUCUAUGGAACUGGCGGACUGGUCGCGAGAGAGUCACUAGAAAGUUAUAAUAAAAUUCUAUCGGAAGGUCCUGAAAUAGGUUCGCGGUGUAUUCGUAGACACUGAUUCUGGUGGACAGGGUAACUACUCCAGCGAUAAACAGAAGCAUUUGCGGACCUGUGCUCAUCGACAUUUCUGCCUCUUGACGUCCGGCACACGUAGGUUGCUCGUAGUUUUAACCUGCGUUUUAGAUACAUUCUUAUAAGGAAGUACGAAUUUACGAAACAAAGCUAGAAACAUAAAAUUAAUUGCCGUAUUACCACGUGACGCUAAUGAAGUGUUAAAAAAUUACUAAUUUCAGUUAAACAUUGUUUUUCCAAUUCAUUUGUUUUUGGUUAGGGGAGGGGUUGUAAACAACUAGUUCGGAUGGCUAAUACCGUUUAUAGAGGCUAAACAUUGAAUCAGCCCGCAUUCGUUAAGCACACUCAGUCGUGUAGAGAAAAAUCAAGGGCCCAGGGUCAAAUAAUUUUGUCGUCCUCCCCCCCCCCCCCCCCCCUCGCUUUUCCAUAUUAUGUAGUACAAUUUGUCAAAUGCCACAGUAAUAAAAAAUAAAAUACUGUUAUAUGUCCAUAACUGUAAAUGUGAUCUGCGUGUAUCACAUAACUUGUUAGGUUUCCUGUGAAUUAUUUUAUCAAUAUACUUGUAAUAAUUUUCGUGCUAACAGAGAAUAUCUCGAAACUCAGUUCCAGGGAUGUUGUUCCUUCGCCCCCCUCCCUUUUCACGGCCUCUUCUCGGCGGCCGUGUAGGCGAUACAAGGGCAAGUGAAGUACGCAACGUUGCAAGUACACUUCUGUGUGCUUGCAUUCGAACGCUUGGUAUGGCGGGGGCGUGUCUCCUAGCCUCGCGGCCAUGCCACGUAAAAAUAUUUAAAAAUAAAAAUAAAAUUAUUUUUGGCAACUCGGCAUGUUAGCUGCUUGCGUGCUAAGACUAUGGAAGUUGGAAGUUGGCAUGAAUCGUCAGAAAAUGGCCUGACGUGCGUUAAGUUUAAGUCACUUUCUACGUUCACCAUUUACCGUAUCGCAAACAUCCGAAACAUCGCGUGGAAUGGUGCUUGACCACGCCCGAUGGUGGUUGGCAAGUAUUAAUCAGAAAAACCCCCGUCGUAAGACACGGUCACUACAGUAAAAUACAGUCUUAAAAAAAAAACAUUUUCCUCGGUGCGAACGCUGCACUCCAGUCGAUGUUUUUUUUGGGUGACGCGCAAACUUGCUGAACAUCGGCCGUACCAAAACCGACCUCACGCAGCGCCCGUGCAGUAAUGCAUUCACGGACACUCCUUUGGACUAGACUGGUGACGUUCUUCAACGCGUAGGGGCCGUCACUGCCUUACGAUUGCAAACAGAACGGUCGUAAUCUACUGAUGCAAACAAAUGGCACAUGUGUUGUGUUUACGUUUUCAAUCCUGAAACUCACACGUGUUUGGUAUGAUUACUAACUAGCUUAUUUAUAAAGGUGCAAUUUUUUUUAUAACCUAAGCAAUGUGCCCAAGUUCGCACGCCAUGGAACACGAUCUUAAAACAGUUGUAUCCAAUACGACAUUCACUUUCGGGACCACGAAUUUGCAACUGCGCAACUCUACCCCCUAUUUUAGUUUAUAUUUAUUACAGUAUGCCUGCAAGUUUCGUGUAACAAUACAUUUCCAAAGUCCUGGAUUAUGUACUUGCAUGUUUUUAAUAAUUUGAGUUAUUCAUUAAUUUUAUUUGCAGGACGUCUUGCGUUAGAACCGUUGCUUUGUUAUUACUUUACAUUCUAUAUAUUUUACUGACAACCAGCCUUUAUUGGUGCAUUUUGGUUUUCACGGAAUUUGUACCCCUUUGUUGACAAGAUUGAAUUAAGUGACCAAGUUAAUACACAGUCUUAGAAUGGUUGAGGCAUAACUUGUAAUGUCCGCACGAAAUCUCGCAUGAGGCACUCAAACCUAGGGCUUCUUUUCUGUAAAAAUUUUUCCAAUGAUUUCAGCGACUGGAAGUUUUAAGUGAAAUAGGACAUAAUGUCCAAUUUCAUUUUUAAAGCCCUGUAUUUACCUACCUAGUUCUAAGAUUCUGUUCUUUCCGCCAUGUUAUGUACACAGAGACUGCAUGAUGUAUGUCGAAAAUGUUAUCAAAACCAAAGGUGCUUAUAUUAUUACUUAUUGUAAUAUUGUAAAUUAUGUGUUAAGUGAUUAUCGUGAUUGUUCUCAGAGGCAUGGGGCGCGAAAGUAUUGCCUUGUUCAUUAUGUAUACUUGCUUGGCGAUAUCCAUGCGGACUUGAAAUUUUUUUUAAAAAAGUAAAAUGUUGAUGUUUUUCCUAAUGUUGUGGUUGUUUUGUACACUUAGCUGUUUUUUUCGAAAUGCAGUUUAUAUGAAGAUAUUUACAGACAGAGAAACAAGAUUUUCACGACUUAUGACAAUUGAUGUAUGUUGAAAUGCAUGUUCAAUUUCAAUGGAGAAUAUGUUUGUUAUGCAAUUAAAAAAUAACAGGAAAAUAUUACAUGAGUAAUAAAUAUUUCUGAAAUUA